AUGUCUUACGUUUCUCUUCUGAUUUCUUCAAAUGCAACAACUAUGAGGUGUGAAAAACGUUUUCCCCUAAAUACCCUUCUGUCAAAAUUUAAAGAAAAUUUAGUCCUUAUAACCGGUUGUGACAAUGCAUCGAUGAAACUUGAACUUCGAGACGAUAAUGAAAAAUUUGUCAAAGAGCUCACUGACGACUCCGAAACUCUUGAAGAGCUUGGGGUGAAAAAUGGCUUUCAUGUCCAUGUCAGUGAUCCAAACCUUGAAACCGGUUUAUAUGAUAAUAUUCUUAAACAGGACGUUGACGAGGGAUUCAAACUCACCGAUGAGGAGUACGCUAGUCGAAAGGAAUCAUUGUUAGCUUGGAAGAAAAAGCACAAAUUGGGCCAGUUCAAGGAAGUCGAUCCAGCUGAACUGAAAGCGGCAGAAGAGGCGCGUUUAGCAAAGAACGCUGCUGAUAAAGAACGCAUAGAAAAUAUGGAAGUCGGCAAAAGAUGUGAAGUUCGCGUACCCAAUCAGCCGACUAAACGUGGUGAAAUAGCCUUUCUAGGUGAAACGAAAUUUAAGGAAGGCUUCUGGGUCGGAGUGAAGUAUGACGAGCCUCUCGGCCGAAAUGAUGGAAGCGUCGAUGGCUACAGGUACUUUAAAUGUCCACCCAAGUAUGGAGCCUUUGUGAAACCGCAGUUCGUGGAGAUGGGUGACUUCCCAGAAUUCGGCAUCGAUGAACUGGAUGAAAUAUGA